GAUGCCGACGGCAGCUCGGCGCUCGGCAACUUGUUGCAGUCGAGAAUUAUCUCUGUGUGUGUGAAGUGCGCGCCGUGCGCCCAUCCGAGCGAGGCCUGGUGUUGGUGGUGGCUACAUUUUUCGUCGGACCCUACCCGUUGCACCGCCAGCAAAAAAGCGAGCUCGUCGAAAUAGAGGAAAAGGCGCGCCGUUUCGCCGCCGACGCUACGAACGCCGGCGCCUCGAUCACGACUGGGACCGUACAAUCGGGGAAUUAGCGAAAGGAACGACCGCCGUGCCAAGCCGGCGAAGGGGAGAGAUGACCAUGGAAAGCAUCGAAGUUGACCGGUCCCUCUACGACAUCGGCGACUCGGACCUCAAGGAGCUUUGGGCCCAGGAAUCCUUCGAAUCGGUGAGUCUACGCUCCAUUGUUUCGCCUUUAAGCGAACGACUGAGGCGCGCUCAUCUGGGGUCGCCUUUUGUGCUUGGUUCCUGUUUUGCAGGUGAUGCGCAACCCAUGGUCGACAUCAGCUCCGAAUCGGACUGGUCCACCAUACUGGACAAUCCCAUCAUCCUGCACGACCGCAUGAUGUCGGACGCAGUCCAGUCGCCGCGCAUCCAGUCAGAGCACUCCUACUCCAUGACGUCCAGCGACGAAGGUCCCGACUCGCCGCUCUCCAUAACGCCGCACAUCAAAAUCGAAGACAUGGACUCCGAGUGCUUCCCCGCGGUUCCCGUGUCCACAGUCACCGGCCAGUCAGACCUGGCCGCCACGGGCGGCGUGGUAGUCAAGCAGGAGCCCAUGAGCCCGCCGCCGCCGCCCCCGUCGAGCCCGCCUCCUCCGCCGUCCCGCAAGACGUCGUCUCGCCUGCUGACCUCGGCGCUCGCCUCGGCGCCCCUGGUUGCCAGCUCGUUACCGGCCUCGCUGGCGUGCGUCGCCUCGGCCGCGGCUACGGCCGCAGCGGCCACUCACAUUCACCAACACCACCACCACCAACAGCAGCAGCAACAACAGCAACAGAGCCUGCUCAAGCAACCCACCAUCGUGUUGGCCGCAGCGAGACACGAGCGCCACAUGGUGUACCCGAAGGUCAAGCUGGAACCACCGUCCGGCUUCGUGCUCCCACCCACGCCUCCAUCAAGCCACAGCAGCGACUCGGACGGGAGCCUGUCCCCGGUGCACAGCACAGAGAACCGCUCACCCACCAGUUUCACAGUGGCAGCUGGAGGAGGCAGUCCCGAUGCCGCCGCAAUGCCGUCAUCUCAGGGCACGUCAUCGGGCCAUGGCCCGUCCCACCCCGCCGCGUCGUCAUCGUCCUCCAUGAGCCGCCGCAGCCAGUCACAUUCGCGCGUGGCCGUGACGUCAUCGUCGUCAUCAUCCUCCUCCUCUUCCUCAUCUUCGUCGCGCGGCUCGGCGAGCGGCGGAAGUCAGCUCAUCAGCAACCAGGCAAAGGGUGCCACUGGAGUGUUAAUACUGACAGACGAGGAGAAGAGGACACUGCUGGCAGAAGGCUACCCCAUACCCCAGCGGUUACCCCUCACAAAGGCGGAAGAGCGCUCGCUCAAGAAGAUACGGCGAAAAAUAAAAAACAAGAUAUCAGCUCAAGAAAGCCGAAGGAAGAAGAAAGAGUACAUGGAUUCCUUAGAAAAGAGGGUGGAGACGUUAUUAAGCGAGAACCAAGAGUACAAGAAAAAGGUUGAUGUCCUAGAGAGCAGCAACAGGUCAUUGCUGUCACAGUUACAACGGCUCCAGGUAUUACUUGGGAACCAGACAGUGAAGUGCGAGAACCGCUCGGCGGCGUCAAGGUCGUCGACGAUUCAUAUGGACUUCGAAACCGACGACGAGCCGGUGGACAUAAUUUAACUUUCACUGUCGUCUAGCCGUCUACCUUUGUUCUCCGCCGUGAACCGCUGGUGUUCAAGCCGACGCCGUUUCGAGAGUGCGAUACACCUUCUUCAAGAAUAUGUGUUGGGACACCAUGUUUUCGUUUCUCGCGGCUUUUGUGCUGGAACCAGUGGUGACGUACCAAGUGCCUUUCGUCGUCGGAGAAGAGCCUUCCUGCGCCGGCUACGUGUUGCGUAGGGACAAUUUUUCAUCCACACAUCGCUCGGGUUUGAUAUUGUUUUCACCCUUGGUUCCGUGUACAUUUUUCCUUUUAUUUUUUCCUCGGUGGUUCGACGUACUGUCGUUUCUAUAGAGGCCGCCAGCCUCGCUAAUCUGGCUGUGCUCGUGCUGCGGUGAGCAUUUGUCGUCUGCGAACUACAUGUGCGUGCACUGUUAGCAGACGACAAUCCGUGAGCAGACGACGUACUAAGCGCGAACAGACGACACCGCUCACGGAACCGGUUUGCUGAUUAUAGCAGACGAAAACCCCCAGGCAGUGCCAAAACAAAGAUGGAGAACAGAGCAGCAAAGUUUUGUUUUUUCCUCCUCGCCUUCUUUCACUUCUGUUACAAUGUGUUUUUUGUUGUUUUUUUAAUUCCUUCCACAGUUACCAUCUUCCUUCUACACUCAGGCGACACCGAUGUUUAGAAGAAACUUCCUGAAUGUUAGUUGGAAACGUUCGUGUGGGGAAAUUACACAGUCUGUGUGUUUAUAUUUUUUACAGCGCCGUUGCCUUGAUGGAAAUAUUUGUGGAAUGCAUUCCUUAUCCUUUCUUUUUAUUUCAUGUGCGAAACCCAUCAAGGCAACAGCGUCUAUCACUUUCGAUAUAUAUCGUCUUUUUGUAAAUAGUUGCAUAUGCACUCAUUGUUGCUAAGAACGCUAGAAGAAAAAAAAAAGAGAAGACAACCACCAAAGUUAUCAUCGGCGUUCUUUUGCAAUAUGGUUGACGCCCUGCAAUGUGCCUCUUUUUCUUGUUUUCUUGUAACAGAAAUGUCAUUACAAGUGUUUUAAUUUCUUUUUGUUUUGUGCAAUAGCUCGUAGAGCUAAAUGAGACAUUCUGAAUAUAUCGAUGCCCUUCUUUGGACAUUUCAUGUUCAUCUUCCGGCAUUACGUGUUACGCUGUACUUUCUUUUCUUUUUGUCGCAAAUCAUAAAUGUUCGGCUUUUUGUUGAUGUUCUGGAUUUGUAAGGUUUGGGAACACUUUUCUUUUCUCACGUUGUUACUUGACUCUCUGUUCUCUUUACUUAUUAUGAUUGUUGAUUUCUUUGAGCUCACAUUCCCUAUUUUAGUCGUUCUUUUUUUUUUAAUUUUAAGCUGUGUUGAAACGUGAGAGUUCGUCUCUUCAGAGGCAUGUGGUGGCUGGCUGUGUUGACUCGGAAAAGCUAGUUCUAUCAAAUUCACAUUUUCUUCAAGGCUCGCUCAUUGAAGGAAGGGCGCUUACCCCACAGCAGCUCAACAACGAAAUCCUCUACAAGCUCCAGUCUUUACCACGCAACAAAAACCCACUGCAAGGGGGUAAUGCAUUUGUGCUCGUCAUUCAGGCAUACAUGAAAUUUGGCAUUAGGCUUGGCGACGAUCUCCAAAGAAAAGCAUUUCUCAAAAAAAGCUUGCUUCAACUAACUUUGGCCAAGUCGCUGUCUGGACCUGUAAACGAGCGUCCAGUGGACGCUUUUUCAUCUUAUGCUGUUCUCUCCUGACAUUACCUCUCUAGAUAGUAUUUUUUAUUUCCUUACCUGGUGACGAUAAAGGUGCAGACGAGUACCUCUGCGAUGAUACUGCAGCACUUGCUAUGGGAAACACGAGAGAAACAGAAUACUUUUUUGACUAGUCCUUAGCGCACAAAAAGAGAAUCAUUAUCAAAUGUCACUUAUAUCACACGCAUGCAUCUAGACUUUCUAUUUUGUUCUUUUUUCUCUUUGUCCAUUCUUUUUUAUCAUUAUUACGAUGGCAUGUUGCAAUAGACGAGAUCAUGUUUUUCAGAGGAGGUGUGUGUAUGGCAGAGAUCGUUUCGACAAGAGGGCUCACUUUUUUGUGCGUGUUAUGACAUUCACUGUUUUUCAUUUACAUAUUCCACCCUUUUAUUUUCUCUCUCCUUUCUUGCAAGGCUUCUUUAGUUGUGAAAGAGUACACGUAAACUCCUUUCGAGCUGCGCAUGUGCUGUGUGAUGUGUGAACCGUUGAGGGAUCAGGUGACGCUAACGUCAGCCAACAGGCUUUCAUCGGAACAUUGUGUUAACAAUGCGAACAUACGUUGUACAAAGCUGUGGAGUGGUUCGUCGGGCACUUUCGCUUCGAAAGGUAUUCCAGAGGCAUCUAUGAGAUUUCGGCGUGGAAGUCUGUGGCAUGAAGUUCACCGAAAUCUAACGAGCAGACAGAUGUUCACAGGUCCUGCGAAGGAUGCGGUCUGUGUGUUUCAGGUCAUAUCAUGUUGAACUUACUGAUCAAAUGCCUCGACAUUUGAAAAUACCAAAAAAAUUUAUCGCUUGUACUGUAUUCACAUUUGCAUCUAAAAAUGGGCAGGCAGCUAUUCAGCACCCGUGCAUAUGCGCCUCAAUUUCACAUAUGGCAGCCAGUGGGGGCUGCUCACAAAUAAUUUAUUGUCAUCGAGCUGAGAACAUUGUAACAUUGGUUCACUCCGUUAGCAUCACUUGUUUCCCUCAUAGUGGCGAAGUUGUUUGGAGAAUUUUUUUCCCUUGAUUGGGCGGGCAAAUCGCUUUCUCUUUUUUUUCGGUGAGAAUGGACUGUACAAUUGCAAGUCAUUCCUGAAUGUGCCCUUCAUGUUCAACCUCCUUUGUCAAAGACGCUGGCUGUAUCGGAAUUUGUCCCAUACUAGCAGUGUUUUAAGCUCAGUCAACGAAUGCAUCACAUUUGGGGAAAUUCAACAAUUACAUACCUACUAUCAAUUUCAAGUUGUCCACAUUCGUCAUUCGCUGUAUAUGGCUUCAACCUCCUUCGUGGAACGGUCUUCAGUUCGUUUGAAAUCACAAGCACAUACGUUACGAACUGUCAUUGUCUCCAUUUCCCGGUACAUCCUCCAUACUAUGAGGCUAUCAAUCAGUCCAUUAAUAAAUCUUUAUUCUAUCAUCAGGGAUCUUGAUCUUGAGGACCGAGGUCAAAACUUCCCUGAAUGGGUUUGAGAACAGCUGCAUUGCGAAAUGUACAGAAUGGUUUGGUGAGACCACCAUCCCUUCUGAAACAUUCCGCAUGCAACUCUGUAAUUCCAUUUUUCUGUAUAGGAACUCUUACGAAACUUCUGCAAAAUUAAUAUUUUUGUUUGCUUCAUUAUUAGUCUCAAUUAGCUUUGCUCACAAUUUAGACUGUGGAUCAUAUAGAAAAGCUAGCCGUGGCCGAGAAACGAGCCUAGCUAAACAACCAUACUGAAAGCCGUGUUAACACUUGUUUCAAUUUUUUUUUUCAUAAGCGCACUUGAGGUAAAUGUGCUCAUCAAUGCAUCACGACGCUUGGUGUUGAGAGCGAAUUCACUCUUUCUUUAUUAUUGAAAGUUUCUCAAUUUUAUUACCGGGUACCGUUACAGCCAAGGUUAACAAGAAGGGGUUGCUUGUGGCAACGUGGUCUUUUCUUUUUCUCCAGGUGGGCUUUUUUGGUUGGCUGUCCUUGCGAUAUGUUUCUAAUUCUAAAUAGUACCAAUACACUUAUCCUGCCUAGGUGUGUUACUUCCUUUCUUAGUUUUGGAUGAAAAUGCAGGAAGAAAGAAUAUUUAAUUCAUUCAAUGACAUCGCAGUGGCCUCAACUAUGACCUCUUUCAGGUUGUCUUUCGUUAAAUGUAAGCAUGAUUUUUUGUAAAUCGUACGGAUUUGUUCAUUGUGGCUGUGACAUUCGUUACAAGACGCAUAAUGGUUUUCUUUUUUUCCUGUCCUUUAUUUUUUUCUAUUUUGGGGUGAAAACCGCGUGUUUCAAUUGCUGCGACUUCGCUUUUGACAUUGUCUUAAGAACUUGCCGAGUGUUUGCGGCUUUUUCGCCCUCUGUUUUGCUCACCGAACUCAGCGUAACGUGCAAUGAUGUGAUAAUAAUAUGUCACUGUUUUGAAGUCUUUCUUUUCUGAUUAUUCAUUCGCGCGCUUCAUUUGUGCGAAUCACCUUAAACUGGGGAGGAUAAUCGGCUAUGAUUUUGAUCAGCAGUUAUUGUUCGUAAAACUGCAAUUUAUUCCCAUUCACCAUACGAGACUUCUGAAACUCAAAGCACUGUCAUUUGUCAUUAGACAGUUAUACAGCGGCUGCUUGGAAAUUUCUGUAGUUGACAGCGUUUUGUAUGCUGCUUGCAUUAGAUUAGAUAUCAGUGUUGAUCACGAAUCUGAAAUUGUUGAUUCACAUUUAAAAUGCUAAUUAAAAGAAUGACACUGCUAUUUUCAACCGCCAGCUGUUGAUAGCACUGACAGAACCUGCGAUCAGAGAAUGGAGUUACAAAAUGCUGGUACGAAAUCUCUGGACAGAUUUAUGUGAAAUCUUUUUCUUGAGCCAUGAUGUGUUUUAAUCCUCAACAAGAAGCUUAUAAAACUUGCUAGUCUCGAAAGUGAGAAUUUUUUGCAGCACAUGUUUUUUUUACCGCAUUUUGGCGUACGCCGAUAUUUUUUUAACACGCUCUCUCACUUUCUCAUUGCUCACUUUUACGAGUUUCACGUGACUUGUUUCUGUUGCGGGCUGAUUUCACGUGAUCCAAGUGCGUAGCCAUACAUUUUUAAGUUAUGAAUUUAUGAAUUAUGCAUGAAGUUAUGAAUUGCGACGUUGGUGACAAUGAUAAAACGUAGUGUUGAGCAUGUCUCCUUCUCAAGUGCAAUGUUUUAAUAUAGGGACUUUGUGCAAAUCGCGCCUAGGGUGUAUGCAUCACUAAACGGAAGACCCCGUUGCUGUGUCGAAUCAAGUGCCUUUUCACUUCCAGAAUAAAAAAAAGAGCCAAAACGGGUUUAAAUUGUUCUCAACUGCGCACUUUCACCAUCGCAAGAAAGUGAAGUAGUAUAUGUUGGAUUCAAAGUAGCAUACAGUGGCACAAUGUUUACCUACACUCUGAACAGGUUUCACGCCCAUUAGUGUUUAUCUUACUCUACCGUAAAUGAUAGUCAGCAAUCUUACAAGAAUUUUUCUUUUCUUACAAAGGGAACAAAUGCUUUGUAUUUCCAUUGGCUUUUUCUUGAUAUGCAAUUGAAUAUUAUUAGUUUGUUUUGCAAGCCCGAUACUUUCCUUGAGAAACAGCGUGUGCGUAUCAAUAUCGCACAGCGUUUUUGACAGGAAUGUGCUAGGUAGAGUUUGUGCAUGCGCCACUAAUGACGGUAAUUGUUGUGAGACAAAAUAAGCCCUCCCAUGCAAAAGUAGUAGAAAUUUUCAUUUCUUCUUAUUGAGUUUUAGAUUUUUUCGAUAUACUUUCUGUCAAGAGGCAAGUUAAUAACAUGCAUUCAUUUUACAACUGUGAAGGGUGCAUAAUUUUCAGAGUGUACGUCUCAACACCAGUAGCUCGGAACAUCUUACAGCCAUGCUUCCUUCUUGACCAUAUUCGCUGUCUCAAGUGAGCGUCAAAACUGCUAAAUGGUAAUGAAGGGUAGAUGAGUCUGCCAUCUCUCUUAGUGCUGUAAAUGUUUGGCUUUCAUUGACUUGGCAUGUCAAACUAGUGAUACUUAUUUAUGUGUUCCACUUUCGGAACGACUGGACCUAACCUAACCUGAUCUCCAGGUCUUGCUGUGCAAAAGUACUUUGUUUAGGAAAAUUUUGCACCCAAGUGCCGAGUGCUUGCAGUGCAUCUGCAUAUGUGAAAUUUAUAAUAAUUAAAUUGUGUGUAAAGACUGAACUGCCGUUGUGUCGCAUAGUUCCUUAGAAAAGCUUGUUAAGGCUAACUCGUAGUUUGUAGCAAUGUUUAUAUUGUUGUAAGGAGAAUGUGUCUUUGUGAAGGGCGUUCAGUAUGACAGCUUUUCAGUUGCCCAAACGCUAACACGUUGUGUUUCACGAAUAUCAUUACAUAGGCUUGCUAGAUUAGAACCAUUCGAACCUUUGUCAUUCCUUAACCAGACCUUGGAAAACGUGUCUGUUUCAAAAAAAUAACCAGUGUAUAUAUAUAUAUAUAUAUAUAUAUGCCAUUAGACAUGUAGUAUGAGAUGCCAUGACAAGCUCUUGAAUUCUUGGUUGUCAUCUUAGACUUCAUCGAGCUACUUCUGUUGAAUCUCACUGAUUUCCGUUCUCCUACAACUUUGUUUAGUACUGUUGCCGAUUUUUUUUUUUCAAGCUUAAACACUCAGCGGUGGAUGUAGGUGACACGAUUUCACAGCAAGAAAAGGUAGCAUAUUUUGGCAGAAAGCCAAGAACACAUUGAACUUGAAAUUUGCCACAUUGCAUAAUCGUUUACUGGUCAGUAGAUUCUUGGUGUUAAACUUGCGCGUGCACAACUUCCCAUCAAUGGCAACAAAUUCAAAUGUAUACAAUGGCUUUAGUGGAACACUGUUCGGUGAACAAGGUACUAUAGUCACCACAAGGGUGAUAAAGAACAAAAUGGUCAGGGGUAAUUCCAUUAGCAACUGUUACUCAUCGCCAAUGUUUUUAUGGUGAGGGUAUUUAUAAGUUGCUUUGCACUAUACCAUUUCGUCAACAGACCAAGAAACGACAAAACUGAUGACUUGUUUCUCUAUUGUCUUAACUCGUCGACCGGUUAUCACUUGAAAUUUAUCAUGAUGUUGAAUUUAUGUAUCCCCAUAACAAUAUGUUAAAACAAACAAGAAAAAUUCAAAAUUUCGAAAAAUAUUCAGGCUUUCGUAUUUAAAGAAACACCUGAGCCCUGUUAGGUUGAUAUACUAAAAAUGCACUUGGUUUGCGGGUAUUGCAGCUUUACUACGAUCACACAUUGACCACUUAAAAGGGCAUCGGAAGGCGCGUUGAGUCCUCUGCAAGUGAAGGUAUAUUUAUUAUCGCUUUUGCGGUAUGAGGUCAUGGUACUUACGUCUUAUGCACAACAAUGCAGUCUCUUGUGGAACUUCUGAAACGAAAGCAUUUAUUGACAGUGUCGUCUUUGUGAUCUCGGCCGUGCCUUGGAGACUUCCCACGCAAAAAAGAAAAAAAGUCGUGAUAGUUUGAAUAUUUUCUGUAACCUUCAGACGGACGUUUUAUGAAGGCUAUGUGCAAUUUCUGUGCAAUUUUUAUUGCCGGUAAUAUGGUGUACUCUCAACAGAAAUUUCUAUUCAUCGCCUGUUAUCUUUCAGCAUCGACUCAAAGAGCGUCCAUGUAUAUUGCGCACCUAUAAUGAACAUUUUAAGCUUUCGUGCCUGGAGGCCAUUGCACUCGCUAAAUCAGAAUUAUCGCACGCCUUAAAACUUCGACAGAAACUUCCAACACGUGGUUCAUUUAGCACAGUAGCUUCCUCUAAACGCUACGAGCAAAGGGAGUUCUCGCUAUGCUUUUUUACAAGUGCUGGCUUCCUAUUAGACUCCAUUGCUUGGAGUUCUCGUACUUUCCCCGGUGGACUCCGUUUACUCUGCACAUGCUCAGCACACCCUUACAAAGGUUAUAGAAAUUGUGUAGUGUUUAGAUAGAGAUUUUGGUACAUUCAAUUGACUUUCUAUAGAGAUGUGAUUGAAUGUCAUGCAUGGAUUUUGCAAGGGUGGCUAACGUGCCCUGCUGGUGGUACGCGAACUCUUGAAUGUCGAGUUAAAACAGAAUAAGUUGGCAUCACUGUCUCCGUUGUUAUAGUGCACUAUCUACCUCCAACGUUAGUCUUGCCUCAGUUCCCAGGGGAUGGGUUCAGCUAAUGCAGGGCAGGACUAAUCAUAGAUCUAUAGAAGAAGUCUUCAAAGGCGAACUGCAUUGAACUUUCACUUUAUAUAAAUUGAUUAUAAAUUAGUAGUGUAUACUCUUGAAAGCAAUCUUGACAAAGCUACAGGGCUGGUAAUCGCCUAUUUUGUUUCAGUAAUAGCCAUUACUUAGCGCCUUAACAGGCAACGCAGCCACUUGUUAGGAGAUAUGAAGCCAGUCCCGCAACAUAGCCUCCGAGAUUCUCAACCCACCGCGGAAGUAGACCGAUCUCGGAUGCAAUGUCCAGGCGCCCCGUGCAGGUUUUCAACUUUCCGGGAUUUGCGUCAUUCCAGGCGUGCGCUAAUGGUGGCAUUUUCUUGAGUUCCGUUUUUUAAAAAAGCUGCAAUUAUUUUCCGAGCUUUCUGCACCACAUCCGGGCGUCCAUGCAUCCACACCAUUGCGCGGCAGCCGCUAGUAUCUACUGUCUGAUGCUAGGCUUUCUACACGGUCGAAAAUUUCGCUGCAGUUGGCCAUUGAAUGUUGACGAUGAUGACGUGUGAAAAUCCCAGUGCCAUGUACCGUGUACGGUUGUGUACACUAUUGAUGGACGGUAACAUCUACUGCACACGAUUAGCUCUGCAACAGAAAGCAUCCCUGUUGCCUUCUAAGUGUCACUGCUUAAAUAGCUUUUUGCCGCUUCCGAAAAAAGAAAGGCACAUAUAUACCUUAGCGAGUUAUUUUAGAGCCUUCAUUGCAACAUUCUGCACAUUUUCAUGUCUUCGAGACUAGAAAUCAAGGAGGCUAGAAUGAGCGAACUAGCACACUAUAAGUGAGCUUUUCCGAGUUCUAUACCCACAUCGGGUUUUGUACAGGUUUUACGAAUGUUAUCGUCGAUGUACUUUUGAGAUCACACUAUAUGACAGCAUAAGAAAUGUGUACAUACGAUUAUAGAGUAAUGUUUCUUUUUCCCCGUCAUAUCUAACACCGUCGGAAUACAUAUAUUAUUUGUAUAGAAAUUAAACAGAGAUGUAUCUAUAUGCCACGUAUAAGAGAAAAGAUUUAUGUGUUACGCGUCGUACAACAUAUAAAACUUUCUAUACAGCUGUUGGCACUGUGCACAAGACAGCUCAUUGUACAGGCCAUUGUUUUCUAAAAAAAAAGGCAGUUUUCUGCGCUUUGUCUAGCUCUUUAGCUUGUAGUUCAGGGCUUCCCGCUUUGGCACUAGUUCUGUAACGCUCGAAGAGUAAGCACUGCGCUGUAAUGUUUGUACGCUUCUAGAAGCCUGCCAACUUAGCCACGGUGUUGUAAGCUUGAAAGAGGGAUUCCGUGAGUACAAGCAGUCGUAUACCGUGCAUCUUAACACUGUACGCCGAGUCACCGAUUGCUUGAUGAUUGCAUAUUUUAUUUAUUCUUCGUCACUCGAAAUCGCUGAAGAAUUGGAAUCCAACGAUCAUCAACAGCAUUAUUAUAGUUAUUUCCGAAUGUCUCACCCAGAAAUAAUUAGAAUUACGGAUCCGGCAUGUUUCCACAGUAUCAAUUGUUUUAGUGGCUGACUAUAACUGUUCCGCUAUAUCAUACGCGGGCACUUUCUAGCGCUUCAAAGAUAACUUAAAGCAUCGUAAUGCGUACUAGAGCAAGUUUUAAUGCUUUUACAGGCAACGCCAUUGUUAUAUUGGCGGUAAAGUGUAUUCUUGAGCCGUCAUUGUUACUCUACCUUCGCGAACUCGCGUCUACAGAUCGUAGCUAGUCUUCUCUCGUUGUAGGCCUCCACACUGUACCUGUAUGACGUCACAGGCCGGUCGCUCUGACCUUUUCAACUCGGAAGUUUCAUUAACUUGUAACGGGGCUUGCUCUUAGAAUGGUCAUUAUGAAGGUCAUUAACAGAUGUGGUCAUCAAGAAGGAAAACGAGUAUAUUUUUCGGCAGAAAACAGUUGACAUCGAAGACCUACAGAAUCGCAAUGUCUCCUUUCGAGGACAUUGUUUUCUUGGUGCUCUUUUCCACACGUAUGUGCGCGCUUAUUAUUAUUUUUAUAGUGCUCUAUUUUUGUACAUUCGCCUCAUAAAUCACGAUGACGUACAACAACUGUGAACGCUUCAACUCUUCACGUGCAGCACCAAUCCACCUCUAUGCCCAUUUAUAGAACCUUUCAUCGCAUUUUUUGCAUUAAAUACGGAUAAUGAACACCUGUCUGUGCAUUCGGUCUUUCGUUGUGUCCUUGCGCACAUGCUUAAAAAGAAAACUUGUUUUCAAAGCGCGACAAUUCUCUUCUAUUUCUUUAGAGACGCGUGCAUUCAUGACAUUGCAUUAAAACCUUUUGAGGGCCAGAACACGUCGGGAUGUGUUGCGGUACAUAGUUCGCCUGAUUUCUCGUUAAUAGAUGGCGUUGCCAGUAGUUGCCGAUUCCUUUUACUCACGGGGCUCUUGCGCGGUGGUUGCUUGCGCAACUGUUAGCCAGUAUAUCUACUGUGUUUUACUGGUUGUUUCUGUCUCGCAAAAGGUACUCCUGAAGUUUUCAGGCCAUGUUUUCUUCACAGCAGAAUUCUUUAACCGUAAAAUCUCUAAGCUUACGGAUGGUAGCCAUGUUUAAAUAAAAAUGUGCUAGUCAAUUUAAAAUUUGGAGGUCCGCGAAUUGUUUUGUCAGCUUUGUGUAGGCCAACUAAACUACGGUCACUGAUUGAUGUGAGUACGGCACACAAAGUUUGGUGAUUUUCGUCCACUGGUAGCAUAAAGAAAACUAAAAAAAGAACACAGAGCAGAGUCAGAUUUCCAAAGUCGUUUCGCACAACUGUUGUGUUUAAAGAACUCUGCUGUGCAAGCCAGACUUGUGUUAAGAAAACGGUGGCGGGUAGCAAUUCUCUGCCUUGCCUUUCCAAAAUUGGAAUAUAAAUCUUGUCUUUCUUGUGGCUUUUCGUUGUCUUCGAUACUUUCUGUAGAGAUGCAACUGGAUAUCAUGCGCAACUUUUGCAAGGGGUGUUUCUGACAUUUUUCUUUCUCCGCGCGUAUUUCUUCUCGCAUCUGUCUUUUGUCGCGGUAUGACUGUGCGCUGUCAUGGUGUCGACUAAUGCCGUCGAGGAAGGUCGGUUACACGCCAUUUUGUGCUCCCUCAGUCGUUCAGCACCCGUCAUGCCAUCAUGAGUCAUCGACUUUACAUGUCACUGCAAUGUGUGUGUGUGUGUGUAUGAGUGUGUGCAUGCAUUAGUACGUGUGACAGUGUGUGUAUUUUGGUGCAAAAGAAAAAGUGUCCAUGUUGUCAACUUGUUUUUUAUCUUUUGGGGACCAGCUUCUUUUUCUUCCUCUCAUAUACUUUGUUGCCAUUGCAUUGACAGAGCGUUUACGUUUCCUAGACGCUCUUGUUUCUCUGUUUUAUUAUUAUUUUUUGUUAUGCGCGAACUGUGCACGUUAUAUUUUUUUCUCUCUCUAUCUCAAGUGGGAUGUGCACAAUUUUUUUUCCCACGUGUGUGCAUGAUGAAAUACAUAAAAUAUAUAUGAAGUGAUAUGCCCGCA